GUGGGCGCAGCACACUAGACUGAUAUAAACUGAUGUGUGUCGGUGGGUUUAAAAAGGACUUGCAGAGCAAACUACACACCAUAUCUUUUUUUAGCCCGACAGACACAAUGUCUCUUCUCAACUUUGUCUCACUUGUACUUAUAGCCACCAUGCUGUCCACAGCCUCAGCUCAAGGUGGGAUCGCCAGCUGUUGUCGCAAAGCUUCAAGCACUCAAAUCCACAGAGACCUUCUGAAGAAUUACUAUGUACAAGAACAGCCGGCGUGUGCUCUACAAAUAGUUGUCUUCACCACACUGAGAGGCAAAAAGAUCUGCUCUGACCCAACCAAUCUGUGGACAAAGACAAGCAUGGCCUACCUGGAUGGAAAGAAUUGGCAGAGGCAGAAUUUGACCUCACACCGCCGCCGACACCACUGAACCAGCGUCCACCCUCAUGCUGAGAAAAAGGACACUGAGUUAUUGAAGAAAAGUAGUUGAAUUAAUUUGAAUAUGAUACUAUAUAUGCCUAUCUAUCUAAUUUUAAAUUCUAUGAUGAAUAUCUGAUCUUGAUGUCAAUAUGUAAAUAAUUUGUGACAUUGUUCAUUCUACAAUGAUACUGAGAAUCAUUAAAAUAGUCAAAGUGCAA